AUGUUAACGUUGUUGAUUUCCGGGAAUAAACAACCUGGAAAUGACAUCGAUGUCUAUUUAGAACCAUUAAUCGAAGAUUUGAAAGUUCUUUGGAAGGGAGUAACAGGAGUUUAUGAUGCUUGCAGCAAUGAGUAUUUUACUCUGAAGGCUGCACUUUUUUGGACAAUCAAUGACUUCCCAGCCUACGGUAACUUGUCCGGGAGCAUUGUUAAAGGAUAUAAUGCAUGCCCAAUAUGUCUUGAAAAGACAUUACCAAAGAGGCUGGUCCAUGGAGGGAAUAUGGCUUAUAUGAGGCAUAGAAGGUGGAAGCAAGAACUUGAAGCUGCUCCUGUUCCAUUGAGUGGAGAAGAAGUUCUGAAAAGGAUGGAAGAAGAAGUGUUAAGUUGGCCGUUUGGGAAGAAACAUCCUCCUCCUCCGUUCAAAGGUGAUGAGGAUGAAAAUAGACCUUGUUGGAAGAAGAAGUCCAUCUUUUUCAAAUUUGAAUACUGGAAAUUUCUUCCGGUUUGCCACUGCCUAGAUGUGAUGCAUAUUGAUAAAAAUGUUUGUGAUAGUCUUUUAGGCACAUUGUUAAACAUUCUGAGAAAAACAAAAGAUGGCAUCAAGACCCGUUUAGAUCUGGUUGAGAUGAGCAUUAGAACUGAACUUGCACCUAAUCUUGAUGGUCCAAAAAAAAAUCGCUUGCCAUUGGCGAGUUGGAAUCUGACCUUAGAUGAGAAGAAAUCAGUUUGUGGUUGUUUUUGUUGUAUGAAGGUGCCUCAUAACUACUGUUCGAACAUUCACAAUCUGGUUUCAAUGGAUGACCUAAGGCUUAGUGGGAUGAAGUCUCAUGAUUGUCAUGUGUUAAUGCAACAACUCCUUCCCGUUGCAUUAAGGGCUAUAUUAGACAAAUCGGUUAGAGUUGCUAUUAUCAGGUUAUGUCUUUUGUUUACCAAGAUUUGCAGCAAAUCAUUUGAGGUAUCUAAGCUGCCCAAAAUUCAAAGUGAUAUUGUUGAGACAUUGUGCUUGCUUGAGAAGUAUUUUCCUCCUUCAUUCUUCGACAUAAUGGUACAUUUGACGGUUCACCUAGUGAGAGAAGUUGAAUUAUGUGGACCAGUUUUCUAUCGGUGGAUGUAUCCGUUUGAAAGAUACAUGAAGGUUUGCAAGGGUUAUGUUUGCAAUAGAAAUCGUCCUGAGGGUUGUAUAGCAGAGAAUUACAUCGCAGAAGAAGCUGUGGAGUUUUUAGCCGAACGCUUAUUGUCCGACCAAACUAUUGGAAUUCCAAAACAGCGUUCUAAAGAGUGCAAGCCUACUUCUGGUGCUAAAGUGUCCUCUAUCUAUGGCAGUGAGUUCAACCAAGCGCAUCUUUGUGUUCUACAAAACACCGAAGAGUUCAGAACCUACUUUCUAUAA